AAAAAAUAAACAUUUGUUCUCUUCCACUGUCUUGUCUGUAAUAAGAGCAAAGACAGAGAGAGACGACGUUACAGUAUCUCUCUCUCACACGAUCAAGAGAAACUUCAUCAUUCGUCGGAAAAUAUCAACUCUGGUAUUAAUGGAAGACUCCAGACUUUUUCCGUUCGUCGGAAACUUAGACCCUCGUGCUCAAGAGUUUAUACCAUUCAACCCUAUCUCCUCCGGUUUUCACUUUCCGUACACUCCUCCUCCUCCACAGCUUCCUCCUCCGUUACCUCCGUCGUCGUACGGAUUAUCUCCGACGGAGCCAAGAGUUUUCACAUUCUUCAAUAUCCCACCACAUCCGAUGAUGUUUUCUCCUCCUCCUCCUCAACCACCACCACCACCACCGCGUCCAUGUUUCAACGGCGUUUCGGCAGCUCAACGGCUUCCUCUGCCGUCAAAUACUCCGACGCGAUCUCUCUCUUUGAUCUCCGUACCACGUGACGUAACCGAGUCUACGGUGAGACGUGACUUGGAGGUUUACGGCGACGUUCGUGGCGUGCAAAUGGAGAGAAUCUCUGAAGGAAUCGUGACCGUCCAUUUCUACGAUAUACGUGACGCUAAAAGAGCGGUACGUGAAGUUUGUGGUAGACACAUGCAGCAACAAGCUAGAGGUGGAAGCGUCUGGAGCUCACCUUCUACUUCAUCGGCGCGUGGGUUUGUUUCCGGUAGACCUGUGUGGGCUCAGUUCGUAGUUCCGGCGACUAGUGCCGUUCCCGGAGGUUGUAACCAAGGAACGUUAGUAAUAUUUAACUUAGACCCUGAGGUCUCUUCCAUUACUCUCAGACAGAUUUUCCAAGUUUACGGUCCGAUCAAAGAGUUGAGAGAGACACCGUACAAAAAACAUCAAAGGUUCGUUGAGUUUUAUGAUGUGAGAGACGCGGCGAGAGCGUUUGAUCGAAUGAAUGGUAAAGAGAUUGGUGGGAAGCAAGUUGUGAUCGAAUUUAGUCGACCUGGUGGAAUUAAGAACAGGUUCAGGUCAUCUAGGCAACCGCAGCUACCAUUUCAACCGCUUCGAGAGCCACCAAUCCUAAUUCCUCCUUUGAGGCGGCCAGUAUCUUUCAUCAAAGAUAAAAACAAGAAUGUGAGCCCUAAAAAUGGAGUUAUUGCUGUUGAUGCUUCUAUGCGUUCCUUAUGUAUCAUCGAUGCUGACGAUAAUAAGACUCGAGGAACCCGAGGAACGGAAUCCGAAUGCGCGGAGACAAAAAGCAAGAAUGUGGCUAAGUGGGGGAAGAAAAGACAGAUGAAGAACAUGGAACUAAGUCAGUUUCUUAUCAGUGAAGAAACCAUGGAAGAUCCGAGUUGCAGAGAUCCACGUACCACUUUGAUGAUCAAGAACAUACCAAACAAGUACAGUCAAAAGCUACUGUUGGAUAUGUUGGACAAGCAUUGCAUUCACAUAAACGAAGCAAUCACCGAGGAGCACAAUAAACAUGAGUCUCAUCAUCAGCCGUAUUCUUCUUAUGAUUUCGUGUAUCUCCCCAUGGAUUUCAACAACAAGUGCAAUGUUGGUUAUGGGUUUGUGAACAUGACAUCUCCGGAAGCAGCUUGGAGGUUUUACAAGGCAUUUCAUGGUCAGCGUUGGGAGGUUUUUAAUUCGCAUAAGAUUUGCCAAAUCACAUAUGCGAGAGUUCAGGGUUUGGAGGAUCUAAAGGAACACUUCAAGAGCUCGAAAUUUCCAUGCGAGGCUGAGCUAUACCUGCCGGUGGUCUUCUCGCCUCCACGAGAUGGGAAGCAGUUAACAGAACCUGUCUCCAUCAACAUAACCAUCAACGGCUGCACCAGACUUAAUCAUAAUCAUUUUGAGCAAACAGUCGGUCAAGAUCACUUUCUGAGUGGAUCAUGUUGUGACAGUGACCAUGAUAACAGUCAUGAAGAUGGAUUUUCCGGCAGUAGCGUAGACUGUGGCCGGAGUAUCACCGUGGAAGGAGAAACAUCUUUCUAGGUGUUAUCUGUAAUGUGUAUCAUCAUCAUAAGAUAUAACAAAGUGUAAGUAGACAUCAUUUUGGUUAGAAUUUGUAUCUUUUUUUUUUUUUUUUUUUUUUUCUUUUUGGUUAUCAACAUGAAUUAAACGACUCCUGCAAAGUUCUAAAAGGUCACAUCUGGAUAACUCUUUUUCUUUUCUUUUGAUAUAAUGAAAGUGUAGUAAUAUU